UCUCUGAAACAAAAACCAUGGACAAGUAUGAAAUAGUUGAAAAGAUUGGGGAAGGGGCCUUUGGCAAAGUAUUCUUGGCUAGAGGAAAAGAGGAUACUCAACAGUGUGUUAUCAAAGAGGUCAAUUUAAUGAAGAUGCUGAGGAAAGAAAAAGAAUCCUCUCAGAAAGAAGUUGCUCUUCUGGCCAGGAUGAAGCACCCUAACAUAGUAGCCUUCUACUCUUCACUUCAAGAGAAAAAUAAGCUAUAUAUUAUUAUGGAGUAUUGCGAUGGAGGGGAUCUAAUGAAGAAAAUAAAGCAGCAACGUGGAGUGUUAUUCGAAGAAGACAAGAUCCUGGAUUGGUUUGUACAAAUAUCUUUAGGACUGAAACAUAUACAUGACAGGAAGAUUCUACACAGGGAUGUAAAAGCACAGAACAUUUUUCUCAGCAAUAAUGGAAGGACAGCAAAACUUGGAGACUUCGGGAUUGCAAGAACAUUAAGCGAUACUAUGGAAUUCGCUUGUACCUGUGUAGGAACACCAUACUACCUAUCUCCUGAAAUCUGUGAGAACUGCCCAUAUAACAAUAAAACAGAUAUAUGGUCUCUUGGAUGUGUUUUAUAUGAGCUCUGUACUUUAAAACAUCCUUUUGAAGGCACAAAUAUACACCAACUCAUGCUGAAGAUCUGCAGAGGCUAUUUCGUGCCGGUAUCUACAAAGUAUUCAUAUGACUUGAGAAUUUUAAUAUCCCAGUUGUUUAAAACAGCUCCAAGAAAUCGCCCUUCUAUCAACUCCAUAUUGAAAAAGCCCUUCUUGGAGAAGCGAAUAAAGAAACAUUUAUCUCCAAAGGUAAUGGAAGAAGAAUUCAGCCACACUGUUAUCCACAGAAAAAGACCACUAGCAUCAGUGUCAUCUGCUCCUAAAAUUCAGAAAUUAAAAAUCCAUGGUCAUCAUCCUUCAGGACCCAAGAUGGAGGUGCGUGCUGGAAAACGAAAAAUAUCAUGUAAAAAUGAAUGGCAAUCUCCUUCAAGACUCCAGGAUCCUUCUAUCCAGCACAGGAGUCCUAAGUUUAAAUUGUGUGGGAAGCCAGAGGUUGUCAAAAUGCAUGGGCCCUAUGACCAUUACUAUGAAAAACUUGACAAGUUGUGGAAGAGGGCCGCUGGGGAAGAUGACUGUCCUCAUAUUAGCCAAAGAAUGGAAGAUUAUUUUAAGCAGAAAGGACAAGAACCACCACCACCACCACCACCACCUCAUUGGCCUGGAGACUACCUUCAAAGACGAUUCAAUGCCCAGCAAUACAAGAUAAAAGUAGAAAAGCAACUUGGGCUGCGACCAUCAUCUGUUGAUCUCCGCUAUCAUGAGAUGCAGAAUCAGGAGAUGAAGGAAGAGACGCUUAGAGUCCCCCAAAAAACUGGCACUCAGAAAAAUGAAAUGAAAGAACAGGAAUACUUAGAAGAGCUGCAGAAAAUUCGUCAACAAUACCAAAGUGAAGUCCAUGAAAUUAAGCUUAGAGCAGAAGCAUUAGAGGAGAACACAGAUGUCAAUGGAAAAACCUAUCUUGUGCAACAAAAGAAGACUGAGGACCAGCCUUCUCACAACAAUGACAUCCCUGCAAGAAAAGAUGAUCCAGUCCAGGUUAUUGAACAAAACUUGAAAAAAUUGGGGCUGCGUAACUGGAAAGACAGAAAAGUCAUGGAAAUAAAACAUAAAGCAAAGGGUGGCAUAAAGUUUCAGAUUGAUUUAGAGGAUGGAAUUCCAGAUGUGAAUAAUUCCCAAGUCAAGAAAGAGGAACAGAAUAAACUUAAUGAAACCUUAACUUUUGAGGAUGGAAAAAAUCUUAAGGAAAAACUGACAGAUGUCUGCAAUAAUUAUACUGAUAGAGCUCUGGCAGAAUUAUGCUGUUUGGAAACAGAUUCUGAGAAUGAAGAUGAUUCCAUAGCAAACAGGAAGCACUGGCGGGCUGCAGCCCCACAAACUCUCCUGAAUCUCUUAGGGAAUGCAGAUGUGACGUCUGUGUCCCCACCCACAGAGACAGACCCUGUGACCAUUAUGCCUUCAGAAUUCCCUGAAAAAAGGAAAAAAUGGAGCCAAGAAUCCCCUGGGACACUACUGAACAUGUUAGCAGAAGCAGAGUGCUCCAGUGACACCCUGAUCCAGGCUGGAGAACCCAAGGAGGCAGUUACCCCAGGGACUCCCAAACCUGAUGACGCUGAUUUAGAAUCAAGUUCUACUGUUGAUGUGGAUGAAGACAGACUUGAGCCCAGAUCUGAUGAUGAUGACACUAACUUUGAAGAAUCUGAAGAUGAAUUGAGGGAUGAAUUAAUUGAAUCCUUGGAGAAAGUAAUAUCGUCCCUGGAAGAAGAAGCUUUAAAAGCUACAGUUGAGUCAACGGACCCAGAGCAACAGGAAAAAGACAGCUUAACUGAUAAAACACAUGAUGGAGGUUUGGAAGAAAACAGUGACCUGACUGGAAAUAAACAGGAAACUGCAGUCAGUUAACAUCUCACACAGUAGUUUCUAAAGACUUAUAGCAACCAGAGUUGGCUUUACAAGCCUAGUGCCUCUUUGUAGAGUCAGCAGCCACCACUGUGUAGUAAAUCAAGUAUUAGGUUCCCAGUAUUAGAAAUGUGUUCCACUGCAGCUCACAUUAAUGAAUUUUACAAAACACAUGAACUGCCCUCCCCAUCUCUAGAGUUACUACUUUCUUAUAUUAACUCAUUCUGGGUUUUAUUGUUGAACACUUAGGUUCCCCAUUUCUCUAGUUUAUCAAGUAUUUCAUACUGUUUUCCGUUGAAGAAUUGCUUAGAACUGAGAAAAAUUGGAAGUGGAUUGUUCUAAGCUAGGAUGCGUUCACACUACACUAAUGUUUUGCAACUGGAUUUUUUACUGUGUAGGAAUAGCAGAAAUCCAGUUGCAAAACACAUUAUUUACUGUAGUGUGAAUGCACCCCAAUUCAGGUGUUGCAGCUUCAAUUACAGGACUUUUGGCUGGGCUGAAAGAUGUAAUGUCCAGCAGAAUAUAAUGUUUUUGUAAUGACUGCUGAAGUGGGGGGAAAUCCCACUGAUAACCUAUUUCAAUAAUAGUUAUGCAUUAAUACAUUGCAAGAAGGUGGUAAAAAUAAUUUCCAGUUAGAAUUAGAUUCAGAGCUUGAUAUCAUAAAGUUAAUUGAAAUUCAAACUAAUUUUUAGCCAGCAACUGUGCUACCCCCUUGUAAAACUAAGUCUUUUGUAAAGCUGCAAUCUUAACAAAUGUCCUCAAGCAAGAAUUCUAUGCAAGAAUUCAUCUGUCCUUAUUUUACAUAAAAUACAAAUGUUAAGAUUCUUACCUAUUGCGCAAAUUUUAUGACCUAUCCAUAUAUGCAUACUGAAGCCAGUAUGUAUCAAAAAUACUUUGUAGCACAAUAUGAUUAGUAAAGACAAAAUGUAGCACCAUAAGCUGUAAAAUGCGUCUGAACACAUAAAUAACUUUAUUUA